AACAAUCAAAGCUUUGAGAAAGUGACUAAAAUAUCGAUAACGCCAACGCAGCUCUUCAGCAACAGAUAAAUAUAAGCAUUGUUUGUAAACUAUUAGUGUUUAGUAGAUCAGGUGAAACAGACCAACACGGAGCCGAUACGCAAAGCAAUCAAGUUUAGCAUCAUGAGCAUUCCACUGAAGCACUUUAAAAAAGGCUCCAUCAAGCCAACGUUGCCCGAGGAUGACGUACUCCGCUUCUACUCCAUGCGCUUUUGUCCCUUCUCGCAUCGUGUCGCUUUGCUGCUGGCUGCCAAACAAUUGCCGCAUCACAAGGUCUACAUUGAUCUGAUCGAGAAGCCCGAGUGGUAUACGGAGUACAGUCCCUUAGGCAAGGUGCCUGCUCUGCAGCUGACCCAUGUUGCUGGACAACCGGCACUGGUGGAAUCUCUCAUUAUAGCCGCCUAUUUGGAUGAACAAUAUCCGCAGCGUCCGCUCUUCUCGCAGGAUCCGCUGCAGAAGGCGUUGGACAAAAUACUCAUUGAGCGUUUCGCUGGCGUUGUGAGCGCCGUGUAUCCUGUGCUCACUUGCAAUCCAAAUGCGCCGCCUGAUGCGCUGCAGAACUUUGAGAAGGCGCUCGAUGUGUUCGAGCAGGAGCUGAUUAAACGUGGCACCCGCUACUUUGGUGGCGAACAGAUUGGUAUUGUGGACUACAUGAUCUGGCCGUGGUUCGAGCGUUUUCCCAGCCUCAAAUACAACACGGAGCAGGGCUACGAACUGGAUGCCAAGCGCUUCCAGAACUUGCUCAAAUGGCGUGAACUGUUGGCUCAGGAUGAAACAGUUAAAGCGACUGCAACGGAUGUGCAGCUGCAUGUGAAAUUCCAGCAGUCGAAGCUGCAGGGCAAGCCCAACUAUGACAUUGCCUUUCAGCAGCAAUAACAAAUGCACUUUAUUCAUUCCAAUAAAUCGAGAAUAAAUACAAACACUGAGGAUUAGGCAUCCUUGACCAGCAGA